AUGCGAGAAGGAAUAGGGUCCCUUUGGAAAUCAAAGACUGGGACCCUUUAUCUUGUCAACAGUUGGCAUGAGAUAAUCAUGUUUAUCUUUGGAGCUUGUGGUGCUAGGAAUGAGAAGCCACCUCGUGGCGAUAUUCUUGUACCUAAGUCUGCAAAGACAUCUUCUGCUUCUAAACUUUGGGCACUUUUGCCGAAGCCAAAGAAUGUUGGUGUUGAGAUGCCAAAGACAAAGAGUGCUGCAAAGCUACCUGAAGCUGAGGCUGAAGCUGAGACUGCCGAAGCUGAGACUGAAACUGAGACUAAAGCUGACACUGAAGCUGAGACUCCAAAGACAUCUUCUGCUUCUAAACUUUGGGCACUUUUGCCGAAGCCAAAGAAUGUUGGUGUUGAGAUGCCAAAGACAAAGAGUGCUGCAAAGCUACCUGAAGCUGAGGCUGAAGCUGAGACUGCCGAAGCUGAGACUGAAACUGAGACUAAAGCUGACACUGAAGCUGAGACUCCAAAGACAUCUUCUGCUUCUAAACUUUGGGCACUUUUGCCGAAGCCAAAGAAUGUUGGUGUUGAGAUGCCAAAGACAAAGAGUGCUGCAAAGCUACCUGAAGCUGAGGCUGAAGCUGAGACUGCCGAAGCUGAGACUGAAACUGAGACUAAAGCUGACACUGAAGCUGAGACUCCAAAGACAUCUUCUGCUUCUAAACUUUGGGCACUUUUGCCGAAGCCAAAGAAUGUUGGUGUUGAGAUGCCAAAGACAAAGAGUGCUGCAAAGCUACCUGAAGCUGAGGCUGAAGCUGAGACUGCCGAAGCUGAGACUGAAACUGAGACUAAAGCUGACACUGAAGCACAUACCUAUUAUAAGGGAAAAGCAAACAAAUGCGAGAAGCCACUUGACGAUAAGAAGCCACCUCAUGGCGAUAUUCUUAAACUUAAGUAUGCAAAGCCAAAGAAUGCUGGUUCUGCAACUUCUGAACUUUUGGCACUUUUGCCAAAUCCAAAAAGUGCUGUAAAGCUACCUUCAGCUGAGAAUGAAGCUGAGAUUGCUGAAGAUGAGAAUGUGGAAGCUGAAAAGCAACAAGCUGAGAAGCCAAAGAGUGCUGCAAAGCUACCUUCAUCUGAGAAUGAAGCUGAACUGCUGAAGAUGAGAAUGUGGAAGCUGAAAAGCAACAAGCUGAGAAGCCAAAGAGUGCUGCAAAGCUACCUUCAUCUGAGAAUGAAGCUGAACUGCUGA